GGUGUCUUGCGCCUUCUUCGGUGAAUUGAAAUCCAAAGCUUUAGUUAGCUAGCAAGUACGAUGUUUGUCUACGGUGGACGCUUUAUUUUAACGUCUAUUUCCUCUCUACCGAAGAAGAAGACAUGACUGUCGGACGGAUAAACGUACACGGAUUUGGGGACGUCGUGUCUGAAAGAGUUCGCCUGCGGAGUUCGAAAAGAGGAGCAAAGGACAAGUCGGCGUUAGCUAACUCAGUAGCGUUAGCUCUCCCGGUCUCAGAGUUCCGUGGCUCACUCAUAUAAAAACAAGAAGCGAUCAGCUGCGGAGCUUCAGAUGUUAUAGAUCAGUAUACUUCAAGUUUAUGCUGAACUUUUACGAGCCGUUAACUAACUGGAGGGUCAGUGAUGUCUUGAUUAUUUUUUUCUACAGACUAAAGGGUAAAUAAGCUGUUCGCUUGGAGAUUUUACCCGAAUGAUCUGAAGAAACUAAAGUCCGCAUGGUUAUUUUGACGUUCUGUCAGUAAAGUUUUGUUUGUACGCUGGAAAAACGGUCUACUUUAAAGUGACAAUAUGGUUGAACGCACAUUGAAGGUGAAAGGGCUUUAUUCCCUGUGUUUACAGGGCCAUUGCUGGUCACCGUGACUCUAAUUGUCAGAUAAAUAAUUGUUAACCUUUUAUUUGGCUCACUGUGGAGCAGUAAUGGCGCACAGUCGCGCCGUUGUAUUUUCUUUUUACUGGGAACAGUUAUAAUCAACUUCAAAUGGCCACCAAAAGUCUGGUUUAGCAAAAUUGUUGAUUUGUUUGAUUCUUUGGAGAAGAUGGAAAAUGAAGUUCAAUCCCAGCCGGGCGAACUGUUCCUCCACCCGCUUUCCAACCCCGGAGCAGCAGCUCUCUGCCCUGAAAUGUUGGAGGUGGCAGAGGAGGCCAACCGGGCUGGGGACUUCAGUCUGGCCGUGGAGAUCUACAGUUCCCAACUCUCAGAUCUCCAACAACCGGACAGGGGCUUGUGUCUGAGGAAGGCCGACUCUCUGGCCAGAGCCGGGCGGAUUUCUGAGGCGCUGGAGUCGUACUGCACAGCGGCCAGCCUCGGGAAACUGCGCCCGGAGGAGCUGCCUGUUCUAGUGGAAACGAUCGCCCGGUCUCUGCGGGGGAAAGAGCUGGGUGUCUCAAACGAGCAUGGCAAAAGUAGCAGCGGGCAAGAAGGGGGUCACAACGAGGGGGAGUGUGAAGAGGAUGAAGCCCUGGACUUGUUUUCUUGUCGCCUUUGUAAAUGUUUGCUCCAUGAGCCCAUCACCGUGGACUGCGGACACACUUUCUGCAAACGCUGCUUGGAGGACGAGGCCGUCCAAGACUGUGUGAGCUGUAAGCAGAAGUUGAACCCAAACGACCGGUUGCCGAGCAGAAGAGUGGACGUUGUUCUCAGCGGCCUUUUGGAUAAAUUGUUUCCUACUGAGAGUAAAGCGAGGAAGUUCUGGGUAGAGGGGGAGGCUUUGUGGAGGAAACACAACCUCUCGGAGGCCUUGGAGAAGUACAGUGCAGCAGUAGAUCUAGCGCCCUCCUCAGGCAGCCUGUUGUGUCAGCGGGCUGAACUGCACAUGGAGAUGAGGAACUUCAGCCAAGCAGUGCAGGAUGCCAGCAGUCUCUGUAAACUAAAACCUCUCUGGACAAAGGCCCACUGUCUGAAAGCCACUGCACUGAGUAAAGCUGGUUGUAACGACGAGGCCUUGCAGGAGUACUUCCUGUGUGUAGCGCUAAAGCCCAACAUGACCAAAGUGAAGCUGGAGGCUCAGAAGGUGCUCUGUGAGCUCUUUUCCUCCGUAUUUGAGAACAAGGACAUGCCCACGCCGCUGCACCCUCUUCAGGGGGGGCUGGCCACCCGUCUGAUCAAACCCUCUGCCUUGCUCCAGUCCCUGAGACCACUGACACAGAAACCAGGCUGCUCCUCGCAGGAUGCAGAGUUCAGUGUGUCUAAAAGUGCUCCAGUGGACGACCUGUCCUCCAGAUUCUGUCCUCUGUCUCCUGGUAGAUCAGACUCUGCUGCAGGAGAAGGAAGCUCCAAGAAUCUGGCUAAUAUUUUGGCUGCUCUGCCAGCCCCCCCUGGUGGCCUGAAAAGGAAACACAGCAGUGAUGGGCCUUCAUCAUCCUUCAGCCCUCCCUCCAAGCUUUCCAGGCCUGAUGAAGGGAAGGUCACACAGACAAACGCCGCUUGUGGAUCGAGGGUGUUUCCUGCCGAGCUGCUGGACAGUGGAGACUUGGAGUGCUCUCUCUGCAUGAGAUUAUUCUAUGAGCCUGUGGCCACCCCUUGUGGACACACCUUCUGCCUUAAGUGCCUGGAGCGCUGCUUGGACCACAACCCCAACUGCCCUCUGUGCAAAGAAAAUCUGUCAGAGUAUCUUGCUAGCAGGGGUUACAGUAAGACCUUUCUGAUGGAGGAAGUUCUACAGCGUUACCUUGGAGACGAGCUGACUGAGAGGAAGAAAAUUCACGAAGAAGAGAUGACCGAGCUGUCAAAUUUGAACCAGGAAAUGCCCAUCUUCGUGUGCACCAUGGCCUUCCCCACCAUCCCCUGUCCGCUGCAUGUGUUUGAGCCCCGCUACCGCCUCAUGAUUCGGCGCGCAAUGGAAACCGGGACGAAACAGUUUGGCAUGUGCAUCGCAGAUGAGCUCAAAGGCUUUGCUGACUUUGGCUGCAUGCUGCAGGUGCGGGAUGUAAAGUUCUUUCCUGAUGGGCGUUCGGUGGUCGACACCAUCGGUGUAUCACGGUUCAAAGUCCUUAACCACGGACAGAGAGACGGCUACCACACAGCUAAGAUCGAGUACCUUGAAGACAAGAAGGUUGAAGGAGAGGAGCUGCUAGAACUUACCAAGCUGCAUGACUCCGUGUACGAGCAGGCCAACAGCUGGUUCACCUCCCUAAAGGACAACAUGAAGAGUCAGAUUCUCAGCCACUUUGGACAUCUUCCCAGCAAAGACCUGGACCCCCAGGCUAGUCCCGAUGGCCCAGCCUGGUGCUGGUGGCUGCUUGCUGUCCUUCCAUUGGAGAACCGAGCCCAGCUCACCAUCCUGUCCAUGACCUCCUUCAAGGACCGCCUAGUUGCCAUUCGAAGGGUCCUGAUAUUUGUCACUCGUAAGAGGCCUCGGUGAUGGGCCAGGGAGCUGCUCGGGCAUCAGUGCAGUUCAGAAGUUUGGCUCCUUCAGUCUCUAAGUUCUACUGGUAUCUAGCCAUGUUUCCACCUGUCAGCAACACUUAGCUGUGGCAUGUAGCCUUUCAGAGCAACGGUGCUGGCACAGGCAAGCAAUCUCCAAACUGCACAGCAACCACCGUUUUCCCUUGAACCUCUGACGAGAAAAGGAUUAAAAAUAUCUACACUAACCCACAAGCAGAGCUGCUGGGGAGCUCGUAUGACAUGUAGCAGCAUCGUCAUUUUCUUUUUUUUGCAAGUGUGCUGUAAGUUUUGGAACGCUCAUCAUUUAUGGUGACUUUUUUUCUUUUGAAAAUCCUGGAGGGACCUUUUUACCAAACUGAAGCCACAUUUGGAUGUUUGAACUGAACGUGAUGGACUUAGCCCCUGUUUUGUUUAUGUUCCAACAAUCCAGCUGCAGAUUGGAGCUCUUCCACUAAUAGGUUAUUAAUUCACUAUGCCAUGACAGAAGAGGGGUUUUAAUCUCAUGUUAGUUAUGCAGGUUGUAAAGUAUUCAGGACAGCAGGCUUUCAGACGAGGAGUUGAUUUGUUGAAGUUGGAAGCAGAAUGUAAACUUUGGUUAAAGGCCUUUAUUGUAAAAGACACAGUGGUAACAGGAUGGCUUAAAUAAGGCUCCUGGACUUCAAAAGAAAAAUGCAUCAAGUUCUACUAAACCGCAGUAACCAUAACAUAAUGCAUCCUUUGUGAGAUUGUUUCAUUUAGGUUAAAUUCUUAAUAAGCAUUUACACCUUUAACUGUCCUGUUAAGUGUGUGAUUGCAUUCUCUAUAUAAAUAUGUCCCUUCACAUAUCUGCAGCCACAUGCGGUUCCCACAAUACGCUGCUUCCUCCUGGUGUGUUUGUAAAGGGAGCUCUUGACCUAAUUUUUUUAUUGCAAAUAAAAGAGAAAAAAAUGA